AUGCCACCACGGAGGAAACGGACCUACCUGGCAACGAACCUGCAUAAUGGCAAACCCAUGCCAUCGAAGAGGAGACGCGUCGCCGAUAUUGUUACUUUGAGCAGUGAUAGCGAGUCAGACGCCUUUGAGACCGACCAGAGAUACCACCCGAUCGUGUUGGACGACGACAACGAAGAGGAAGACAAUGAAGAGGAAAACAACGAAAAGGACUGCCAAUGGGGAUACGAAGAUGAUGAUGAAUCGCAAGAAUCUCAAUAUCACCGCUCGCGGAGCUUGAUUGAGCAGCUGCAGAAAGAUGCGUUUGAUGAUUUCAAGGCCGACGUCUGCCUCGAACUGGAUUGUCUCCGCGAGUCCACCGAGAAGGCUGCCAACCCGCUCCCAGUGGAAGACGACGACGCACCAGGCCUCCGGGAUGUGCUCCGGGAAUGGGUCGAGCAGGACAAGGCAUCUCGACGCACGAACCAUCUUUACUACAGGCUCGAUCACACAUACAACGACGGGCAAUUUCCGCCCGAGGCUUUUCUUGGCCGGGAUGCUGUGGUUGUCGAGACGCUGAACCGGAUGGCAGACGAACUCCAUCUUGAGAUCUUCCUUGCCUUGGUCGAGAGAGAAGACAGGGGGCCGACACCGGACUACCUGGUCCGCACCCUAGUUGACCAGCACGGCCACGAGCUGAUUUCCGACAUUCCAGUCGACGACAACUUGGUGCAGGCGAAAGUUCCUUCGCUGCUCGCCGGCGCUGUUGGUUCUGAAGUGGCCGUGAUGCUGGCCCCACGAGACAGCGUGGUGGACUUCCUAAUGCGAUAUACUACCAUUCCUUCCACAUCCACACUGUGCCCCUCCCGACUCAAACUUCUUGAGGGUGUCGCAAGGUAUUUCAUAACUCGGAUAUCAGAGUCGAGCAGCUGCGAUCCCCUUGUCGCCGUUUUUAGGGAGUUUUGUGCUACGGUCUGGCGGCUCGAUGAGGCCAAGGGCCUUUCUGUGUUGUCGGACCUCGUGGUCCAUGACCUUCUUCAGGCAGUGGUGAACAUGGAGGAUUGGGAUUUCCUUGAGCAAGCCGCUUGCCGCCUUGGAAAACGCCCCCCUUUGAGCUUCUUCACUAUUUCUACACUCCUGGCUGAUGGGGCGGAUAGUGUUGUGGCAUCUUUUGCAUUCAAGGUUGUUGCAGACGUUGGACUGAUCCCACGUCCAGAGUUCACGUCUUUUUGGAUUCCGUUUCUUGGCCACCUUAUCAAGGUUCUAGAGGAAAAGAACGUCUUCCUCUCUGCAUCUCGGUACCGCCAUUUCUUCGCCGCAAUCCUCGAAACAUACCUUGCCCGCUGUGUCGGCGCGCUGCCGUUCACAUGGAUGCCCAAGACCAAAGAGAUCGACUGCCGCUGCAGCCUGUGCACCUCGUUCAGACGCUUCCUCAUAAACAGCGUCUCUGCCGCUUCUUUCCACUCAGGCUCGCAGUUGAACGUACACCAUCUCAACACAUAUCUAAUUCCCAACGCUUACAAGAACAACCGAUGUAUUCUCGGAAUGGAGGACGGUUCGCUUGUCGUCAGGAAAAUGGAGGAGGUUGAUGUCCAGAACCGGGAGCGUUGGAUGGAGAGCAACAAGACAGCAAGCAUGAACAUACGGAAGUUGGACGGCCCGUCCUUGCGCCAAAUCCUCGGUGACGACUACCCCCGAAUUCGGAACUUCCAAUCUGUUCAGAAGCCCAAACGAUGCUCCCCGGUUCCCAUCGAGAGUUUGAGCGACCCACUCCACCAGGCAGAUAUACUUAGGCCACACCAAAUCCCCGUCUCGAUGGCCCCAGCAGCUUCACCCGGCUCAGCACAUCGGUUGCUUGGAAGCAGCCGUUCACCAAACCGACAAGGCCGUCUUCCUUCUACCAACAGCCCACUUGCAGCAGCACCCGGUCGCCCCGUAAGGAGUACUGCACGCACACCACGCAACCCCGCAAAGGGCAACGGCAACCACAAUCCGGAUGAAACAUUGACUUCGGCCACUUCACGGAUGGACGGCUUUCUUGCCGGGUGCCGCUCUCAGCCCGCUGCGUCUAACCCACGUCUUAGCCCCCCCAUUACCCCCGCAGCUUAUCGGGAGGCCAUCUCGAGGGGAUGGGACUCGGUGCGUUCGAAGGAGACAGAGUCGUACACGUCGAGGGCCGAGAGUGUGUGGGGGGUAACGCGCCCAACACCGGUCUCGAUGUCUAAAUAUCUGCCGCGUUCUACCCCAAAGGCUUCCCCACGCGGGACACCAUUUUCAUCGCAACCCACAGCCUUUCAAAGUUCACCGAGUUCACCGAGCAAACGUGCUAGGUCCGGGAAUGCAUCAAAGGGGGCAAGACUGCCCGUCCCGGCUCCGACACCGCGGAGAUCGGCAGCCACGAUGCAGCCUUCCUCUCCAUCUCCGCGUGUCUUCGGCCCGGUAUCCUCCGGCCGCCUUAACUCGAUUCCGACGUCCCGAACCGCCUCCAAGGCCAAGACGGAGGUUGUCAAGGUCAAGACGGAGGUUUUGCCAUCAGCGUCCUCUUCACGAGGCGCCAAGAAGCGUGUCUGCGAGGUUAUUGACCUGACCGGAGAUGACUGA